AUGUGUGAGCGCAGUCUCUACAGGGCGGGCUAUGUGGGCUCGCUUCUGAAUCUGCAGUCGCCUGACUCCUUCUACUUCUCCAACCUGCGGCCGAAUGGCGGCCAGUUGGCAGCGCUCCCCCCCAUCUCAUACCCGCGAGGCGCGCUGCCCUGGGCCACCACGCCUGCCUCCUGCGCCCCAGCGCAGCCUGCCGGUGCCACGGCUUUCAGCAGCUUCUCGCAGCCCUACCUGGCUGGUUCCGGGCCGCUUGGCCUACAGCCCCUGGGCGCCAAGGACGGACCCGAAGAGCAGGCCAAGUUUUAUGCGCCCGAUGUGGCUGCCGGGCCGGAGGACCGUGGCCGUGCGCGGCCGCCCUUCGUCCCCGAGUCCAGCCUGGCCCCCGCGGCCGCUGCUCUCAAAGCGGCCAAGUAUGACUACGCGGGUGUGGGCCGCGCGGCAGCCGGCUCUGCAGCCCUGCUCGAGGGGACCCCCUGCGCUGCCGGCUUCAAGGAAGACGCCAAGGGCCCGCUCAACUUGAACAUGACAGUGCAGGCUGCGAGCGUCGCCUCUUGCCUGCGACCUUCGCUGCCCGACGGCCUGCCGUGGGGGGCGGCCCCAGGGAGGACCCGCAAGAAGCGGAAACCCUACACCAAGCAGCAGAUUGCGGAGCUGGAGAACGAAUUCCUCCUCAACGAAUUCAUCAACCGCCAGAAGCGCAAGGAAUUGUCCAACAGGCUGAACCUCAGCGACCAGCAGGUCAAAAUCUGGUUCCAGAACCGGCGUAUGAAAAAGAAGCGCGUGGUCCUGCGCGAGCAGGCUCUGGCGCUAUACUAG